AUGCCACACAGGGAGUACCUGUAUAGCGACGACGGUGGAAACCGGGGCAGUGUAAACGAGGUGCUCGAUGUUGGCUGCGCACAAAUAGCGGCGAAAGGUGCUGCUGCUGACUGGUGGCCCAAGCGUUCUGGGCACAUGUGCGCAGUUUCUCUGCUCGCGACACUGUCGCUGGCGUUAAGCGGCGGUGCCGCUUCUGCCGUGGCCGCCGUCGAGUUGGCAGGAUGCGCCUACGCGGGGGAGCGCAACGUGACGCUGUACGGAGACGCCAGCUAUGUGCACCUCUGGAACUACGUCGCAUCGAGAAUCGCAAAUUCACUCGCCGACGACGUAGAUACAGAGAAGAUACUGGACGAGAGGGCCUUCGACAUGCGCACGGGACUGACCAGCUUGGCGUCUCGGCACCAGCCGCGGCUGAACAACGCGUGGUACGCGCUCACGACGCUCAUCGUGGUGGUCCUCAUCCUUCUUCCCAUCCUGGUGAUGUCUCGCUUGUCCGUGUCACGCGUCCACUGGGGUUUCCUGCGAAAGCUGCUCGGGCUGCCUGCGCGAGCAGACAGCAUCACGUGGUACACCGCCUUCACGGCAGCGUUCGCGUCUUUGAUCACACUGUUCUACAUCUUUCAAAUCUGCUCUUCACUUGGAGCCGAAAACGCUGUCGACAUCAUGCAAAGCAAGACAUGGGAGAUAAGGAAGGACAUGAGAUCAUUUCUCAACAGCAUGAACUGUCGAUUCGACCAGUUUCUUGACGGUGACAUCAAGCCAACGCUGGAAACCAUGAAAGUAACUUUUGGUUCCGGAAUAAGCAGUUCGUUUCCGGAACAGCUGGCAAGAGAAGUACGGAAAGUGAUAAACAACACUCCACUCCAGGCCGUCUACAACGCCAGCUUCGUCGACAGUGAGUUUCUCGUCCCUACACGCCUGAAAGCGUGA